ACUAUUUGCCACGGAAAUAACAACAUGCAUUACACAGGAAAGUAUUUCUGUUUGUUGGCGUCUUAAAUUGGUCGUGAGAUCCAAACAAUGCAAUGUCCUAAGUGCAGAAACACAUCUGAAGCAGAACAUGUCUUCUGCUUUAAAUGUGGCACAAAAUUGGGAACAUCUUCGUAUCCGGAUCUGACAUUGUCGGGAGAUGCGGAAGUUACAGAAGAGUUACAGGCAGCACAAAACUCCGAAGUCGACAACAAAUCAGAAGAUCCACUUGAUGAGGGAAAAAGAAAAAGAGAGAUAAACACACCAGAGGAAAAACCAGCAAAACGGAAAUCUGUUGCCGAAUUAGAAAGUGAAGCUGGAGAUGUUGCUUCUUUACCUUUAGAGAGUCUCACUGUGUUGGAUAUUAAAGUGGAUGAACCAAAGGUACUAACUCCUGCACCACAUUCAGUAAGGGUAUAUACAGAAGAUUGCCCAGCAAGCAAUACCAGUGAAACAGAAAGUUCCUCAGGAAGUGUGCCAGAAACUGCUGCUAGUUAUGAACCUAUGGAUGCCACAGUUAAGAAAUCAGCAAGUGUCUACAGCCAAGCAGGUGGGAAUAACCAGUCUCAAAGGAACAGUACGUCUCAGUCAUCUGCAGGUGAUGGUCAGCCCAAGAAGGGUGAGGACAGCAAUCAUGAAAAUGAAAGUGAUGAAGAUGAAAUCAACACAGAUUCAGAGGAAGGAGAUCCGUGCCAAGACGCGCACGUUGAAAAAGAAAACCCAGGUUCGAGAAAGAAUAAGCCGAUGAGCAAGGCUAAAAGGGACAGGGAUAAAAAGAAAGAAAAGAAAAAACGCAAAGAGGAAGAAAAACGCGAGAAAAUCAAACAACAAGAGGGUUCGCAGCUUGACCAAGGGCAAAAGAAGCGAAAGAACGAGAGGACCAGUGAGCGCAAUGCCUUGAGUAAUAACGAAAGUGAUAACCAUGAUGCAAGCUGCGACAAUAAAAAAGAACCAGAAGAGGGUAAAGAGCAUUUUGCCAAGUACAAAGGAAGCAAAAUGACUGUUGUUUUUCAUGCUGUUCUUUCACCUUAUUUCAAAUUUGAUGCUAAUCAAGGUGACAGAAUUUUCAUGAGGUUUGGCGGAGUUCCUUUUGGGAAUUUCAUGGUGAAUAUUGUAGAGGUUCAUCCAGAAAGGUGGCUUGAACAUGAUUUUAUCCUGGUUAAGGCACAAUUCUCUGUACCAGUUGGUGAAGUUACUCGCAAUGUCUCCUACAAGUAUGUUGUCUUUAAAGCAAAGAGAAAAGAUUCAAAAGAGAAAGAUAAUUAUAUUUGGGACUACUUGUCAGGUGGAGCUUUUAAGAACCGAUGCCUUCGAAUACCGAAAGAAAGGUGCCAAACUGGAGCUGUCUGGCACCAGUACGACGACACUAUUUUUUGUUCGCCAGGAUGGGCUCAAAGUAUCCGAAAAUUUCUGCCAUUCGUGAAAAGCACAGGUCCAUUAGAAGGCAGAAACAUCGCAACGGAAGCAAUGCUGCCUCAUUGGGAAGGUUUCAACGAGCAUAAUGUGGAACCAAGUAUGACUGCUUGGAAGGCAAUAGGGAUUGUGAAUGAUUUAGCUAACUGCAUGACACAAACGAAGGUUGAAGAGCAUGGUAUCCUCGCAGGAAACGUUCCAUCAGGAUAUAACUUUAAGAGGAUUUUGAGGGACUUUUUAAUUGAGAAGAUUGAAAAGAACGCUGCAUGUAAAUCAACAACAGAAGACACGAAGAGAAUUUCCCCCCUGGUAUCAUCAACAGCAAUUUCUUACCUUAUUUUUGAACAAAAAGUCCCUUUAAAUCCUGAAGAAUACGAGAAGCUGUUCUCCUCUUUGUCUCUUCACGCUGAGCUAAAAGAAAGAACUUGUUCAGAAUUUGACAGGCUUCUCAAACACUUUCCCAGUGAACAUUAUCAGAAUAUCGGUGAAGCCAUUCAAGCCAUUUGCAGACAUGUGAGCAAGACUCAUCGUGAUCUCCAUGACUGGUUGUUUGCUGUACCUCUGGUCCAUUUUCUUAUUCAAGAAUGUGCACCUUUUGACAGCUCUGUAUUACUCAUGGAGAAACCUAAGGAAAAAGAUGACACAUGGUGGGGAGCUAAUGGAUUUGAAACAAAAGCUGUGAGAGAAAGGUCUUUUACAGGGGACAGGUGCCCCUCAAAGUGGAUAGAUUUACUGAGUCCUCUGUUUACACUGGAUCCUCUGUUCAGAAGGACUUUUCUCCUUGUGGUUCCUUGUAGUGAAUUUGGGAGAGUAGCGUCCUCUGAAAUGUUUGCACCAUUUGAGAUCUGUACCACCCUAGCAAGAAUUUUGUCAGAGAAAACAUACCUAAAUGAAGAAGAGAGGAAUGCGGUUGCGUUCAGCUUGAAAAUGAUUGAGAAGAGUGUCAAGACAACUUCUGACAUCAAGACAAAACCAUCCACUGCCAGUGAUGAUCAAGCCAAGUCGAAGCAAGAAGCCAGUCUCUCUGUAUUGUCUUGCUUACAGAUUCUGGCAGCUGUAUCUUCUAACUGUGAUUUUAAUCUGUUAUGUGUCUGUUUGCAUAGCAUCGAAAUCUGGAUCUCCGUAUUAUGCAGGAGUACUGAGCAGGGAGAGAAACACAAGACAAAAGACAUUACGGGAGUUGUGGUUGACAGUUUUGAAGUUGUAAAAAAAUGGUUGAAUAAAACGCUUACGAGUAUAAUUCCUUGCUAUGAUAUAGCUGAGACAAACAAAGAGUUGGAGAUUUGGACGAAGUUGCUGCGUUUUGAGUGGGCAAACAAAGAGUGUGCAGAGAUUUGGAGAGACCGUGUGUCUGCAAAAUUGAAGACGCGAUUGGAACUGCGUGAUUGUAAUGAUUUGGUUGAAAUUUUAACCAAAGCUAACGUGGUGAGCCAACACAACCAUGUUCAAGACUUGGUUUCUGAAGUAACCUUCCGGAAGGUUGAAAGUAUGCUUCAGAGAGGAAGCGAGGGGGAAGAUAUUUUCAGGAACCUUUCUGAUGGGCUUCGGUCCUCUCAAGCCUCGAAAUGCGGCGAUCUCCUUACUCUAAUGCUGAAAAGGAGUUGGCCAAAGCAACAAGGAGGUGUUCCAUGCUCACCCAAAGCCAUACUCAAGCACGUACUGACAUGGAAAUUAUGGCCAGGCUUUUUUCAGAGAUUCGGUGUGGAAUCCAACUGUCGUAGUGUGUUAAAAGAAGAUGGACAAGAAAUUUUGAUGUUAGCUAUCUCAUCCUUUGAAGCUGCAGUGAAUACCCUGAAAGAUGGAUCUGUAGAAUUUCAGAUGUUGCUGGUAAUUCGGGACAAUUCAGAUCAAUUUGUGGAGCUUUAUAAGCUGAUUAACAAGGAGGAAAGCAAGAUAUUUCUUUUUAGGCAAAUUUUGCGUCAGCGUUGUGAGGAAUUGAAAGCUUUUCAGGAUGAGCGAGACAAGGUUACUUCCUUCAUUAGGAUGUGCGCCCUUAUUAAACAAGUUGAUGUUCAUAAGUUGUCACGGAAGGCAGUGGAGGAUGUGUCUCGUCGACCCAUCAAAGAUCUUGUAGAAUCAGUGACUGUUGGCGACAAGAGGUCAUCCUUUGUCAAGUUCUUUGGUCUUUCUUCAAAAGCGAAGUCGAUGAUCAGUUCCUUUACUCAGCUAGCAGACAGUGUUCUUCUAAGACAAUUUUGGGUCGAAAACGGGCGCAAAGCCCUCACAAAGAUUGGGCAGAGAGAAGAACCAAAGAAUUUACUUAGCAUUGAAGAAAUUGUGGAGUUUGUUUGGACACCAUCAAAAGAGGAGCUGCUAAGUUUGAAGCAAAGGUUCCUUAGUGGUGACAUUUCAUUUAAGGAGGUAGACAAGUUGCUUAAGGUAUUCAGUCAGAGGUACGGAGAUCUUAACAAAGAAAUGAGACUCAUUACCUCAAGUCAGAGUGGGGCCCAAGUUCAUGCUCUAGGUGAAGUAAUCAACCAGCACAUUGAGAAGAUACAGAAGUACAGCGAGUUGCAUAAUUGCAUCAAGGCUGCUGAGAUUAUCCUAAAAUUCAAGGUCGCUCAUGGCCUUGAAGGUGAUUUUCAAGACGUGGAAGUUCUGUACAACCAGGUGAACGAUGAAUUCAAACAGCGCCCUUUGAAAAGUAUGAACAAAGACUUAGAGAGGACUGGCAAGCUAUUGUCUGGAAUAACCAGUGACCGUGCACGUUGUCUCGAUGUUGUGUCCAAAUGUCAACCCUUCAUUUCAUGGCUGAAGGAUACUAUCAACGGCCCUCAAGAGCUUAAGGUGCUCGUGGAUUUGGCAAUUAUUUCAGCUGGAGAGACAGACAUGGAAACUGCUCGAAUAACCUGUUUACACGCCAGUUGCCUUGGAUUUGCUCCCCUCAUAUUUGACUUGAAAACCUCGUGUAACUUUAGACGCUUGAUGAAGAUUUGUGAGCCAGUGUGGAAUGCAGUGGAUGCUGACCCUAAGCUCCCUGAAAAACUGCUAGAAAGCAGCCGUCAGAUUGAGUGGAUUAAAAGUGUCAAAAAAUCUCAUGGUUCUGUGGCCAUGUCAUCCCUAAUGGAAGCUGAGAAGAUAAAUGCACAGGGUGUAUACUGUAUAGGAUGUCAAGAUAGAGAUACCUCAGCAUUACCAGCAAUGGAACAACUGACACCUGACAAAGUAAUUAAACUUCAGUUGCCUGCUGAAGACAACGUUGACCGCAAGAUUUACAGUCUGAACGAUCUAAAGGAUUUACAGAGCAAAUUGAUGCUUAUUGCAGCCAAGGCGUCACAAGGGAAAGAAGAAGUAGACCGAUUUUUGGAUAUUCUACAAUGUGUCCAUCGUCUCGCCUCGGUAUACAUUUCUCUUUGCAAAGCUGGAGAAGUAAGUCAUCUCAAGUGGCAGCAUAAAUUUAAUUGCUCGCCAAAGCUUUCUACCAACCGCUCUUUAACAAACGAUCUAAUGGAUGAGAGUGAACGCAUGGAUCAGUGUCUUCGAGAAUGGAAACAAGAAUUGCAUGCCAAGCGACUGCUCUAUGGAGAAUUAAAUCACUUCACCACUUGCCAGUUGCUCUUCCUUCGAAACAAAUUGGCAGAAGUAAAGGGAAGAGGUCCCAAAGCAGUGGAUGGAAUUCCUCUUGAGGUGUAUAACCUUUUGGAGAGUGUGUUACCUGGUAUCGACCCAGCCACUUUGAAGUCUGCCCUUGUAUUUUGUGGCAUUUGUGCUCAAGAAAGUGGACAGCAUUUGCUCAGAUCGUAUGGUGCAAGCAGAAUAAGUCGUAAUCGUGAUGAAGAAAUGGACAGACCUCCCAUAGUAAAGACAGUCCCUUCUUCAAACCAAGAAAUGUUCCAGUCACUUGUGGUUAAGCUAGAGUCGCUUGGUUAUUCCGAAGAAGUUGCCUUGGCUGCGAUGGUUUCGUGCAAAGAUGCCAGUGAGGCAGAUCUCAUCGUUUGGUGCGUGAAAAACGGUGCAAAAAAAGAUCUCAUCGCGGCUAAGUACACUGAGGCCUUGAGUGAUCCAAGUUAUUUGCGACUCAUAGAAAGAGAAAGCACCACAUUCUCUGAGCACGAGAGCCAACAAGAAAAGGAACUGACAUCGGAGGAAGAAGAUUUUUCAGAACCCAUGGAAGCUAGUUACACUAUCGAUCAGACAGCAGGAGGAACGUUUUUGAGUCUUCAUGAAUUGGGGAAGCUUUUGCUUCACCUAGCAUCCCAAGGAUCAAAAAGGGGAAGGAGGCUCAUCCCAAGAUACCUGAAACGUGGAAAGCCAAAUUUUUUUGUUGUUCCAAAAGAUGAUGUUUUAGGAACUUUACUGUCUUUAUACAUGCAUGACAGUUCGCAGUCUCUACCUACAACGGAGGAAGUUUUGAUUUGCACUUCCGAUACAACUGCAGAGGAGAUUGAGCUGCUGUGGCGAAGAUCCCUUGCAGACCACGAUGGCAGGUUGUUUUGUUUAGUAAAUGUUGACCGUCUUGACUACGGUGUUUCUCAAAAAGCUUCUGACGUCCUAGAAGUUCUUUUGCAUGAACCUCAAUACAGUCAAAAUGAAGGCCUGUCCCUUGUGGUAAUCUGUAGCUCCGAAAAUGAAAACAGAGCUCACAUGGCUGCAGCUCUAGAUCAGUAUAGGCUAAGAACUAUUCCACACUGUUGUUCAUCAAGAGAAAUCAGGCAGUACCUGAAACUACAGCUUAAGCCACGCUCUCAACAACGAGGGACUUUCAGAGAUCAAGUCUUGCCUUGGAUUCCUGCAGCUGCAUUGGACAGAGAAGGACUUGCUGUAAGAGUUAUUUCAUCUGAAAGAGCUGGAUCCGGGAAAAGUUUAGCAGUCUAUCGACUCAGUCAGCGUCUUGGUGAACUUCGAAAUAAUGAUGCAGUAAUGGAUUAUCUAAGGGACAUGAGUACAGAUGUGCCACUUUGCAUCAGUGUACCGAUCUAUGGACCAAUCGUUCACCAACGUGUUGUGGUCGAGUCUUUAUUGCCUCACACUAUUGUUCCAGAUUUGCCCCUUUCCCGGAUUUUCCAUUUUGAUGUACAUCCUUCGAUAAGAGGUGGUCUGGACACGCUUCUCUUCAACCUCCUAAUCCUUGGUGCCUUGAAGAGUAGUAGUGGUCAGAUCUGGAGGCGGCGUUCCUCAGAUCUCUACGUCAUUGAAAUUACUUCCGGCGUAUCUCCGACUGUACGCGAAACUGCGAAGAGACCACGAAUGUCUACUAAGCUCUCCAAGAAAGACACGGCAGAGCCCUUUUACAGGCUUCUUCCCACUAUUCAGUGUGGAACACCGAUGCAAACAUUACAUCAGUUGCAAACUAAUCUAGCAGAAGAGAGCAGUUUGAACCCCUUGUUUGACAAUGCUGAAUUCAAAAGUUCUAAUGUUCAGCGAGCCUUUCAGUACCUUAAGUUGUAUGAAGCGGGCGGUCAGACUCUGGAUCAUUUUUGGUUUGUAUCCAGCCAAGUGAUGGGCGACCAUACAGAGUGUAUAGAGAUACUCAUCAGACAUUGUGGUAUCGAGAACCCUUCAUGGGCCGAGAUACGGCACUUCGUGAAUUUUCUCAACUCCCAGCUUCAAUCCUGCGAAGAAAGUUCGUUCUGCAACAUGGAAUUGGUGGGGGACACUCUUGAGGGUUUUAGAAGUUUUGUGGUUCGUUUUAUGAUCUUAAUGUCACGGGAUUUUGCUACACCAUCACUGAAAACAUGUGAAGAAACCAAUCACACUCCACGCUUUGAUGACGGUGCUGUCGUUGAUGAUGUGGAAGCUGAAACAGUUGAAGUCGCACAGUUUAGUCUUAGAAGACACUGGGAGACGAGUUCGCAUCCCUACAUUUUCUUCAACCAGGAUCGUAUUACCAUGACGUUUGUUGGCUUUCACAUUGACCCAAAUGGAAACUUAAUCGAUCCGGAUCGUCAAGUUAUCAUUCAGCCAAACUUGAUGUCGAGGCACUUGCGAACCGGCCUCCAUGUUCAAAAAGUUGACAUGCAAACUAACUAUGAAUCUUGGAGCAAGGGACAGAAAAUCGAAAAACUUUGCGGUGUAAUGGGUGUCGAAUGGCCUUAUGAUCCAGAUGAGUCGUACGAGCUCACCACAGACAACUUGAAGAAAAUCUUAGCUAUCCAUAUGCGUUUUAGGUGUGGCAUCCCAGUUGUCAUCAUGGGUGAGACCGGCUGUGGUAAAACAUGCCUUAUUCGGUACAUGUGUGGCUUACAGUCUGGGCCUGGUGGACCUAAAAACAUGCUGCUAAUGAAGGUUCAUGGAGGUACUACCUACAAAGAUAUUGAGAAGAAAGUGGAAGAGGCUGAGGCAAUGGCUAUGGUGAACGAAACGUUAAACAUCGACACGGUGUUGUUCUUUGACGAAGCUAAUACAACUGAUGCUUUGGGAAUGAUCAAGGAAGUUAUGGUUGAUCGCCGAGUCAACGGCAGAAAGAUAGGAGUUGGGCUUAAAAGAUUACAAUUUAUUGCAGCAUGCAAUCCUUACAGAAAGCAUACAGACGAAAUGAUUCACAAGUUGGAGUCAGCUGGUCUGGGGUACCAUGUCACCACUCAACAGACGCGGGAUCGCCUUGGUCACAUUCCUCUUCGGCAUCUGGUGUACAGAGUGCAUGCACUGCCAGAAAGCAUGUGUCCGUUGGUAUGGGACUUUGGUCAGCUUAAGCCUGAAAUUGAGGAGCUUUACAUACGUCAAAUUGUCACCAGAUUUGUUUUACAAGAAGAGAAAAUUCCAGGAGAAGCCUCACUGGUGAAGGCUUUGACAGCCGUACUUACUGCUUCUCAGCGCUACAUGAGGGACCAAACGGAUGAGUGCAGUUUUGUGAGUCUUCGCGAUGUUGAACGUGCGAUGAAUGUGAUAGUUUGGUUUUACAAUCACCGUGAUGCUCUCAAUCCCCUAAUGGAUGAUGAUACCGAUGAAGAAAGGGAUGAAGACGACGACAGCGAUGACGAGUAUGAGCAGGAUGAAUUGGAACAGCCUCUUGAUGAUGUUACCCGAGCAGUUGUGCUUUCCCUUGGCGUUUGUUACCACGCACGCCUUCAGGACAGAGAGCCAUAUCGUAGAGCCGUCGCUGAAAGCUUUGCAAACCCCUGUCAACUGCCAGGUGGACAUGAACGUAUUCUGAAGGAAAUCACAAGCUGUCAAAAAGCAGUGUUGAAUGAACUAGAACUUGGAGAUAACAUUGCUCGAAAUACAGCAUUGAGCGAAAAUGUGUUCAUGAUGGUGGUAUGUAUUGAGCUAAGGAUUCCACUGUUUGUCGUCGGUAAACCGGGAAGCUCCAAGUCACUAGCCAAGACUGUCGUAACCGACAACAUGCUUGGGGAUGCCUCAAGAUCCGAUCUCUUCAAGACGUUUAAGCAGGUCCAGAUGAUUUCUUAUCAGUGCAGUCCGCUCUCAACUGCAGAAGGGAUCAUGGCAACCUUUCGCAAUUGUUGCAACCUACAGAAAGCCAAUAACCCAGACAAGUAUGUGUCAGUUGUGGUCUUAGACGAAGUUGGCCUUGCUGAAGACUCACCUUUGAUGCCCCUGAAAACUCUUCAUCCGCUUCUUGAAGAUGGGGUGAACUCAACUGAUGACAUCAUUGCCACCGAAGAGCAAUUUCCAGAAAGAGUGGCCUUCAUUGGGAUCUCUAACUGGGCUCUAGACCCCGCCAAAAUGAAUCGUGGAAUUAUGCUUUCACGUGGUCAGCCAGAUUCAGAGGAACUAGUGGAAAGUGCAAUGGGCAUUUGUUCCACCAAUAAACGCAUACAAAGCUUUGUUGCACCACUCAUGAAUCCUCUGGCACGCGGUUACAAAAAAUUGUACGAUAAUCAAAGAAAGUCUGAGACCCUCCAGGAGUCCAAAAAAGAUGAAUUUUUUGGUCUUCGGGAUUUUUACAGCCUUGUGAAGAUGGUGUAUAAAAUUGCUGAGGAGCGAGGUCGUGAGCCACGUUGGCCUGAGGUAGAACAUGCCAUUAGAAGAAACUUUGGAGGACUGGAUGAGAUUGAACCGGUGAAAAUUUUCAAACAGUUCGCUUUGGGUGGAAGCCACAUGAUGGCCCAAAAUGAAGAUCUGUUGUCUGCAGUGAACCUGAUCAAGGCCAGCCUUAAAGAUCAAAAGAACUCAAAAGGAGAGAGUCGAUACCUACUGGUGCUGACAGAGAAUUAUGCCGCUCUGCCGAUUGUUUUGAAGGAGUUACGUCGAACUGGCGAAGAACCUGUCGUAAUUUUUGGGAGCAGCUUUCCCAAGGAUCAGGAGUACACUCAGGUUUGCCGAGACAUAAAUCGAAUCAAGGUAUGCAUGGAGACAGGACGGACAGUAAUCCUUCUGAAUUUAGAAAGCCUCUACGAGAGUCUUUAUGAUGCAUUGAAUCAGUACUACGUUUAUUGUGGAGAUCAGAAAUUCGUUGACCUUGGACUAGGAAGUCACCGCGUCAAGUGCCGUGUUCAUAAUGAUUUCAGGCUGGUUGUCAUUGCUGAAAAAGAUGUUGUCUACAGUAAGUUUCCAAUACCCCUCAUCAAUCGCCUGGAGAAACAUUACCUUGUGACGUCAGCAAGUCUCAGUCCUGCGCAAAAGGCUGUUGUAGAUCGACUCGAUGAGUGGGUAUACAUAUUUUCUCACGUCGACAUCCCACCACAUCAACAGAUGAGGAAAUAUUUGCCUGGCGAUGCAUUUGUUGGUUACCACGACGAUACUGCAGCAUCAGUGGUGCUACAAGUAUGCUGUGACUUAGACCAGGAAGAACUGCAAAAUUGUUUCGAGGACAAGCGUUUUUCUGAUAAGGUUUUGAGGGAAUCCCAGGAAUUGCUGAUACAGUGCGCCACACCUGAUGCUGUGGCUAGGCUGGUUCAUACAAAGGCCUCCACACAAGCUGACGACCUAUGGGUGACCUACUUUACAGCUCAGGAACAUUCAAGUUUGACGGCUUUCCUUCGAAAAGUGUUAACGACGGAAGAAAGUAAACUUGGCCAGCCUGAGGGAACUUUGAUUCAGGUGACGACCCAUGCCAGGUUACUCUCAUCGAAUGAUUUGAAAGAUAUUUCAGCUGCUACCUCUUUACCACUGUCAAAUGUCUCAUGUCUAAGUCUGCAGCAAUUCCACACAGAGCAACAGUUCUGCUCGUCUGUAAGGGACGUUUUUGCGAAACUUGGUGGAAGAGAGGGACUGCUCAUAGUCCAGUGUGAUGCCGGAGAUCUGAACAGCAAAUUGAUCCCCUGUGCUCGUCACUUGCUAGUGGAACAGAAAACCACAGUAGAGCAAGAUUUUCUGGAAAGCGUUGGGCAUGCUCCCUCCUCAUUCGUGCAUAUUGUUCUCGUCAUUCAACUGCCUCGUCUUGUUGGAGGUUGUCCAACUUUCGCUGGUUUUCAAGGAGGACGCUGGAAAUCUGUCCACAUCGAUGAACUUCGCCCACCAACAGGUCAAAUACCGGCAAUUCAGUUUAUGGUAGACCGAUCAGUCAGCGACUUGUUUGACGUGGCACCGACCGUCACACGGGCUGAUGAUAUGGAAGUUGAAGAGGAACAGGAAACAGAGGCUGAUGUCGACAUGGACGCGUGGGAGUAUGUUUCCGGGAGUGAUGCCAUUUUGGAUAAAGUAGAUAUUAUCAGUCUUCUGAGAAGUUGUAUUCAAGCUGCUGUUGCAAGACUUGACGAAGAGUCCUGGCGUCCAUCACGGUCGACGCGCCGUAUUGAACUAAUGUUAGGUCUUCUCCCGGAAUGCAGAUCCAGUAGGACUGAUUUGUCAUUUGCUACCCUCUUGUCUCGGCGAAUCCAUAACCUUCUUCAAGAAAAGGAUGAGCGGGCUGGGAUGAAAGCUACAGAGUGGUUACGUACAGAAGCCUUGAGUGGUACCGGGAUCCAAGAAAAUGGAACAUUCAGAAAAGCACUGUGGCAGAGAGUGUAUUCGUCGGUGAUACCAAUUCUCUCUGAAGUUAUAGCCCUUGUGGAUCGCGAUUCUAACUUGGAACUUGUCACGGGUGAAGGUACCUGGUUGUCACGCCUUUGGAUAUCACUUUUCCAAAGCCAAGAUGUCGUUGAACUUCAGUACGAAAACUUUCUGUCCUUGGAAAGUGGCGUCAUAAGGGAGCGUGUACCAGUGAUGACUUCUGCGCGCGAAAGACAAGAUUUUGAAUUGCAGUUUCCUUUCUCAUGGCUGAUCAAGAAGGAAAUUGAUGCCAUGUGGAAAGGGGCCUGUAGUAUUGCAGCGAGAACGAACCUCCCAGUUCAGCAGUGUUUGCGCGACCUUGUUACUGAUUCGGAAAUCGGAAGGCUACUCGAAGAAUCUGAAUAUGAAGGCUACGAGGAAGCCGCAGUGAUGCGCUACCUUCACGACUUCGUUCACAUGGUCCAGAGGCCGACACUUCUUGGAGAGGAACAGCUGAUUAGUCAAGCUAUUGUCACAGCCGCUCGCGAGUUGCAUGAUGAAACCGGUUCAGACGAGGAAUUCACUCUUACCAUCUCAUUCAUCCACGUGGCUUAUGGUCACAUCGAGAAACGGCUGGCUUACUUCUGCCAACUACUACAGGCACAACCAGAUAUUGUAAGCAGCCUUCUGGAACUCAUUCCUCCAAACGAAACGGAGAUGGUUUUGGAUGCUGCUGCCCUAGAGAUUUGCCUCUCCAAACUUGAACCUGGUGCUGAAGAGUUUGACGAUCCACAGACUCGUUUAGUUUGGUGUAACAGGGUGUUGAAUAUUAGAACAAGUGCUGAAAACAUGAUCAGUAAUCUUUCACCAAAUGGCCGUAAAGUAAAUCACAUUCUACAUAAUUGCAGGUCAACUUGGCAGAGAGUAAGUGCUGUGCGAUUGUUUAUUGAGCAUACCUGCCCUGGCACAAUUGUGUGCCAUUCAGCAGAUGUCAAAAAUGUUUUCAAAUUGUGGAAGGCAUUAGGUGAUGAGACAGACUUUACAAAGCCACAAACAAUGCGAGUUAUUGAAAAGUUUCUCGUGGAUUGCAGUGAGGUUGUCAGUAAACGUUAUACCAGUUAUGGUGUGAGCGCUUGUCCUGUGUGUCGGGAUAGUCUGGCUCACAAGGAUCCUGUUAAAAUGCCCUGUGGUCACGUAAUUUGCCUCGUUUGCGUCACUAACUGGAUUGAAAGGGAAAGAACAUGUCCGUAUUGCAAGGGAGACUUACCGGAUAAUUUCAAGGUCUUAUCUACCAAAUUCAUAAGGAAAGCUGUUCGAGAACACUUCGAUUUCCGUUGUCGGUGUAACUCCUUCUUCAUGGAGCUUGUUUCUUUGUUUUGUUUUGGCACAAAGGCGGAUGAUGGAGCUAUGGAUCCUGAACUGUUUGCAAUGUUCAUGAGUUAUGUGAUAGAAGCCACUUCAAAGACUAAAGACUUUUCUCCUUUUCCGGAACAUGGCAUUGAUGCAACACCUGUAGUUAGAUCGUUUCUGCUACAACAACUCCUGAGAACAGGUGACAAGGAAGUAAAAGAGCAUUUGUCACACUACUUGUCCAGAGCUCGAGAACUGAGACCAGAGACAGCUCAUAUGUUACAAGUCUGUCAACUUUUUGUGCACUGUUGGGAGGACUCCCUCAUCAGCCUGUACUCUAAGGCCUCGGACAAUUUACUUGUUAUGAUUAAACUUGCUCAGAAACUUAUCGAAGAAUGUACUCCUUUGCUUAUCUCCAACUCGCUACAGCAACGCACAAGAGAUAUUGAUGUAGAUGUUUUAGAAGCCGUUGCUAAAGCGCGCUAUGCUUUAGCAUUAGUUGCCGAGUUUAUGUACGAAAGUGUCACAGAAAACGAUGUUCAAUGGAAUGAUCUGUCAGUAAAAAAAGAAUUACAAAGCCUUUUUGAUGGAGCAAGGAGAAUGUGCUACAAGAGCCUGAUUCAUAUUCCCCGAUUGUACCUCCUGAAACAGUUAGCGAGGAGGUUCGGUGUAGAGUCGAUCAAUAUCUUGUGCGAUAAAAAGGAGUCUGAGUGGAUUUUGCCUCAAGAAAUUAGAGACAAACAGCAAGAGGAUACUGUUCCUGAUAGGUUUAUCAUUUACGGAGAAGAAUACAAAAAAAUCAGAGAAGCUAUGGCCAAAACUGUGUUGAGUGGUACACACAAGGAGUUGAAUGGUGCACUCCAGAGCAUUGUCCUGCCACUCGUUGUGAGAGAUAUCAUGAUGUUGUUGUCUGAAUAUCGCGAAGUGACCACUUGUUAUGGUUUCACCUCCACCCAACGACAACUCUCCACCAAAGCUCAUCAGUGUUUUGGGAAAUUUCUAGCUGAUGGUGCUCAGCUUUCUGCCAGGGCCCAACAGUUCGCCGUUCAGCUUCUAAACAACACUCAAGGUGAUGCUGGGUUUCCUGGCGUCCGAGUAGCUCCUGGUCGAUCAGCGCGGGACCAAACUUUGGCGGAAAUCGUUAUUCAUACUACAGUUGUACUUCAGUGUACAAAUCAAUUGACUGUGUGCGAACCACUGCGUCUACUUAUGGACAAUCCUGUUGCUUUAAUGGAUUCCUAUCUUCCUACAAUGCCAGACGACAACCUUCAGGAAGCAAUGGCUGGAAUAAAUGAGACUGGAAGUUGGUAUCAAUGCCCAAGAGGACAUCCCUAUUACGUCGGAAAUUGUGGUCAACCCAUGGAAAUGAGGACUUGCCCUGAGUGUAAGGUCAACAUAGGUGGGUCAGGACAUCAACUCACUCAAGGAAAUACAACAAUUCAGAGGGGUGACCGAACAAUGACGGGUCACGUGCUUGGCCGUGCAGAUACCAGAUCCCAAGGUCUUGCACCUGAAAGGCAUUUGUCGUCUGUAGUCGUCGGCAUCACAAGGAUUCUUAUGCACUGUGCCAUGAUUGAAGGAGCCCACCGGCAUCCACAGAAUAUUUCCCACCUCAUCAAUCCCAGAAUUCCACCAGCGGCAUUGACACGUUUUUUGUGGGAUCACCUGCAGUUAGACCUUGAAGUUCUCGCCAGAAGCCUGGGAAGGAGUGUUGACGACACGGUGCUUUGUGUCCAUAUGGUCCUUGCACAGAUGACUGCGCAUGUCAACAGUGCGCAACAGGCCGCAAACAUUCCUUAUGACCUGAGAUCGAAGGAGUCUCGGAGACAAUGGGAAGCAGCUUUCAGUGCCACUGUCGUGACUCCAGUAUUAACGAAUCUUGAAGGGCAAAUUCAACACUGCCUACAAAUGUUGGUUGCUGACAAGCGGCUUGGUAAUAAUCCCCUAAUGCGUGAGCUGUUUGAGAUAGACGUGCCUGCUGAAGAUCUGACUGUUGAUAUCCCUCCCACUUGCCCCGCUCUAUGGAGAUACCGGACUCAGGUGACUCUGGAUCACUUUGCACACACAUUUCAACAAGAAGUAUUGUCCACUGAUCCUGGCAGGAACAAAGUGUUGGCGGAGUUUUUACGGCAGGAACACAAACUCCGUGCUCUUUGUUUUCUGCCCGACAUUAUAAAACUACAGCGUCUUCUGAUGGACAAAUUCCAUCGUCGAAUUGACAGAAAUGAAGCACAGCGCUUGAGUAUAAGAGAAUUCAUGCGGAAGAUUCCUUCAAAAACAGAGAAAGACGAACUUGCGUCACUGAUAGCGAGCUUUAACGCCGCAUGGAACCUUGUGCGGCUUAGUCUUGAUCAGCAGGGGCGUCUUCGUCCUCCAAAGGACUUGUGUGAUCAGCCCAUGGAUAACUCACGUCUACUCGCUGUACUCCUGCCAAGUACCUCCGGCAUGGGUAUCUGUUCCACGGCUCUGGUAUUUUUCCUCACCAUGCUCCACAACGAGUUCAAUGAAAGAUAUCAAAACUUGAUUGGGGGGAGCGUGAAAGACCUGCCUCACAUACAGCUGCAAGACGUGUCAAGAUCACAUCUGAUUUCGUACGACACCGAACGGGAUCUUCUACCCCUUAUCUUGGCGCAGUGCAAUUAUUCUUUAGAAGUGGGUCGGGGAACAUUGGUUCAGUACAACUGGGAAGCCCUUGAAAGACAGCUGAUUGACAGGUUCAUAAGGGGAAGACCACUUAUUGAUUUCAAGCAUGAGAGGUUUGCAUUCAGCAAAGACGCCCAGUUAGACUCCGUUUUCACUUCCGUGAAAAACAAGGUCCGGCCACAGGUUCCUUUGAGUUCAGCAGUAAGCAGUCAAAUUCUAGGCGAGUUUCGCUCAUCACUGACAGACGUCUGUGACGUGCUGUCGUCUCUUGACAUUGCAAUCGGUUUCCUGUCCUCGACCGGUGGAUCACCUGAAAAGCUGCUUAAUGACUACCUACAACAUGUACUACGCAUGCCUCAACAAAAUAGUCUUCGCAGUCUCAAGGCGCAGCAGUGUUGUCAGUUGCGACACGUUCUCUCCCUCUGGCGGCUUUUGAACUUGGAGAGAGCAAAGAUUUUAAUCAGGCGGGGGGAGGAUCCGUUCGAACAGAUUGCAGACACUUACAAACAGGUCAUGCCACAGAGAGAGAUGAUGAAGUUUAGCAAUAGCAUGAGGAAAAUUGACUCGGAUCGAUUCGUGCCCGAGGUAUUAGAAUUAAUCUUACUUAACCUCAGAGAAGAAGCGGUACCAGGUGAAGAAGACAUGAGCUUGCAAGACAUCAUCGAAUGGCAUCUUGACAACAAGGGACAUGAACCAGUUACUGGACUGGAAGAACUACCACCUGACGUGAAGCUGAAGCACGUGAUCCACGCAUGGCGAACUUCUGUUGAACUGUGGGACAGCUAUCUGGACAAGAGGGAUGCUGCUUCGGCGUAAACCUGCGGCUAUGUGUUUUGUUUCACUUUUUUUUUUCCGUUUUGUUCUAUUUACAACGGCCCAAGACUUUACGUGGGAUUUUUCUCCUAAUCUGAAUUUUCCUCCAGUAGUAUUUGAAGUUCCCUGUUUGAUUGUAGCAUGAAGAGAACGAUGAACGAAAAAACUUAGCGAUAAAGACUGAAAUAGCAUAAAGUAUCUGAACAGGGGGAUUGGUCGUUUUAUGAAACGAUUACCAUGUUAUCUGUUUUCAGUUGCUUCGAUUACGUUUAGGCAUUCACAAUAAAUUUGGCGGCCUUAGACUUCUUAGAUUUAAGUUUUCACUAAUACAAGUUUUCCCUAGUACAGAGUUUCCUUAAUGCAUGUUAAUAAUUCGUUUGAUUAGAUAGAGAAUUUUUUGUAAAAAUUAGCGAUAACAAAGAACUACCUUCAGGCGAAAUAUAAAGAAAUUAGCAAACGAAUGUUAUAGUCUAAACAUGGAUGAAAAAUGAAUCCAGCAUUUACAUGUACAUGAAUAAAAAUUACAUAACUACAGACAAUUCAAAACAAUUUUUAAAAAAUAUCAGAGCUAAAAAUAGUUUUAUCGCUAGAAUGUCGCUUUUUUUCCUCACAAUGAAGUUAAUUCAAAUGAGCCUAAAGCUAGUAUAUCUCUCGAUAAAUAGACAGACACAAAUGGGCUUCGAGUGGGCAUCGAAGUAUUACAAGUUCGCGUUUCUUUUAAAGACAGACGAUGACGUGUUUGUGAAUGUUCCAAGAGAUAUCUUUUCCUUAAGAGCCCCACUAAUGGUACGUUCUGUCCAGACUACUGCUCCGGAUUUGGAUUAAUUUUAUCUGGUGAUGUUGUCGUUUCAUUUGUCGAAACUUUUCCAAAAAAAUCACACCUUGGAUAUGCGCAUUCUUAACCAACUUUCAUUUUAAAUUUUCUCGUUACUAAGUAAUAAUGUCUUACGUCUUGCACUCUGACCUGCUGUAACUUUUAACUCCCCAAACAUGUUUCUUAAAACAUUCAUAAGGUUAAUCUCAUUUUAGUUUAAUUGGAUUGUAACUCGAAUUUUUGAAGAUUUAGAAAGCCUAACCUACAUGAAAAAAUAAACAACUCGAGGAAUUGUUUUUUAGAAUA